UUGUGGUCUACUGUUGUGUUGUAGUUGUAACAGUAGAGCACUCAGUCCCUCUUCCACUCACCUAUCCAUGAUCGUCCCUUGCAAAGCUUCAACCUUCAACAACGAACCUAUACUUGCAGAAUUUCCAUUCCAAAUAUUUCAGCGCAGCAAAAGCAAAAGCAAAUGUUGCGUGGUCUCAUUUAAAAGAAACAGAAUCAAACUCAACAGUAGCAGAAUUUACGUUUCCAAGGAUAACUGUAAUUAUAACAAUGGAAAUGGUAAUGGGAAGAUUAGGGUUGAGAAAGGAGCUAACGAGGUGCGUUGUGAAGUUGAAGUGGUUUCAUGGCGGGAACGGAGAAUUAAAGCCGAAAUAUCGGUUAGUGCAGAUGUCGACUCUGUUUGGAAUGCUCUCACCGACUAUGAACGCCUUGCGGAUUUUAUCCCAAAUCUUGUUUCCAGUGGGAGAAUUCCUUGUCCACAUCCUGGGAGGAUAUGGUUGGAGCAGAGAGGUUUGCAAAGGGCGCUAUACUGGCAUAUUGAAGCUCGAGUAGUAUUGGAUCUCCAAGAGUUUCUUCAUUCAGCCAAUGAUCGGGAACUCCGCUUUUCAAUGGUUGACGGUGACUUUAAGAAGUUUGAGGGCAAAUGGUCCAUAAAAUCUGGUACAAGGUCGACGACCGCCGUAUUAACAUAUGAAGUCAAUGUGAUUCCUAGAUUCAACUUCCCAGCCAUUUUUUUGGAAAGAAUAAUCAGAUCAGAUCUUCCUGUGAAUCUUCAAGCCUUGGCUUGCCGAGCUGAAAGAAGUUUUGAAGGGAAUCAGAAGACAUUAUUAAUAAAUAAUUCCUUUGGUCAAAUAUCUUUGCCUGUCCUUGCUUCACCUGGCAUAGACUUGGAUAGUUCCCUGCAUGAGAAGGCAUCUGGAAAGUUUAAGGAACAUGUAGCAAACUCCAAUUUUGGUUCCGUGCCGCCAUCUCAAAAUGAUUUAAAUAGUAAUUGGGGUGUAUUUGGAAAAGUUUGCAGACUUGAUAGGCCUUGUGUGGUUGAUGAAGUUCAUCUUCGUAGAUUUGAUGGCCUAUUGGAAAAUGGAGGUGUUCAUCGCUGUGUUGUUGCUAGCAUAACCGUGAAAGCUCCUGUUCGUGAAGUUUGGACUGUUUUGACUGCAUACGAGAGUCUUCCUGAGUUUGUUCCAAAUUUAGCUAUCAGUAAGAUUUUGUCGCGAGAGAACAACAAAGUCCGCAUUCUUCAGGAGGGAUGCAAGGGCCUACUGUAUAUGGUACUUCAUGCACGUGUUGUUCUAGACAUAUGUGAACAACUUGAGCAGGAGAUUAGUUUUGAGCAGGUUGAGGGAGACUUUGACUCAUUUCAGGGAAAAUGGAUUCUAGAACAACUGGGUAGUCAUCACACACUAUUGAAGUACACUGUAGAGUCAAAAAUGCACAAAAAUUCAUUGCUUUCUGAAGCUAUUAUGGAAGAGGUUAUCUAUGAAGAUCUUCCAUCAAACUUAUGUGCUAUUCGAGAUUAUGUGGAGAAAAGGGAAGCAGAAAACCCUGAAAAAGCAUAUUGUGACAGACAAUCAGAGGAAUUAGUUGCCUCAUUCAGCAAUAGCAAUGAAACUGAUUAUACGGAAAUAGCUAAGCAACUUUCUAAUUUAGAUGGUCCAAAUUCAUCUAAACAAAGACCUAGAGUUCCAGGUUUGCAGAGGGACAUAGAAGUCCUUAAAGCUGAGCUCCUAAAAUUUAUUUCAGAACAUGGGCAGGAAGGAUUUAUGCCUAUGAGAAAACAACUUCGUUUACAUGGUAGAGUAGAUAUUGAAAAAGCCAUUACCCGCAUGGGUGGAUUUCGAAGGGUAUCGUCAUUGAUGAAUCUCUCCCUAGCUUAUAAGCACCGCAAACCAAAGGGUUACUGGGACAACCUUGAGAAUUUACAGGAAGAGAUCAGUCGAUUCCAGAGGAGCUGGGGAAUGGAUCCAUCAUUUAUGCCCAGUAGAAAAUCUUUUGAGCGUGCUGGCCGUUAUGACAUUGCUCGCGCAUUGGAGAAAUGGGGAGGCCUCCAUGAAGUAUCGCGCCUUUUAUCGCUGAAGAUGAGGCACCCCAACAGACAUGCAAAUACUGGCAAGGAUAAGAAAACUGAUUAUGUAGCAUCUAUGGAUUUAGAAGGUGAAGGUAAAAUUUCAUCUAAACCUUAUGUUUCUCAAGAUACAGAAAAAUGGAUCAUGAAACUGAAAGAUUUAGACAUUAAUUGGGUAGAAUAAGCAUGUAUUGUAGCCGAGUAUGUUUCAUAUUAAUGUCGGGAAUGCAUUUUUGUUGAAAAUUGCAUAACAUUAUUUUGUAUAUAAGAAUUUCAAAGUUAGAUUAAACUUGAACUAUUUCUUUUAUGGCUAAUUUAAUCAAUAAUUCUGUAUAAUUAAUGUGGUUUUUUAUGUGUCAGUCUUAUAUUGUUUAUAGGAAAAUGGAGGAUUUAUCAUAUCAUCCUAUAAUUGUUAUGGUUUAUCGCAUAACUAGUCAUAUUUAUUGAGAUUCUAAUACUGAGAAUUUAAUCUACCCUCUGAAUAUCUACUGCGUUAUUUCUUUAUAAAUAUU